ACCAUUAUUUACUGUCGUGCAGUGUGCAUAAAUCCCUACUACUGUUUUUAUUUUUCUAGAAUAAUUAAAAAUUUGAUUCAGUUUAAUAAGCAAACUGCUUGGUCAUCUUCAAGAGUAAAUAUAAGCUUAGGUUUUUAUUUCCAUUACUAAAUCCUCAUUAUCCUAAGGAAAAAUGGUAGCGAAAGCGGUUUGCGUUCUAAAUGGCGAAGUUGUCAAAGGGACAGUCUUCUUCGAACAAGCGGACUCCAAAGCACCCGUAAAGGUGACCGGUGAAAUUACCGGGUUGACGAAAGGACUCCACGGAUUUCAUGUGCACGAAUUUGGUGACAACACCAACGGCUGUAUUUCAGCCGGUGCUCAUUUCAAUCCGCAUAACAAAGAUCAUGGAGCUCCUGAUGCAGACGUGAGACACGUUGGCGAUCUUGGAAACGUAGAAGCCGGCGACAUGGGUAGCGCAAAAGUAAAUAUAACUGACAAAUUAAUAUCACUUUCUGGCGAACAUAAUAUUAUUGGUCGUACUUUGGUUGUUCAUGCCGACCCUGACGACUUAGGAGUAGGUGGGCAUGAAUUAAGUAAAACAACAGGUAAUGCCGGAGCUAGAUUAGCUUGUGGGGUUAUCGGUUUGGCUAAACUCUAAUCAUUCCAAUUAUUUUGUUUUUUUUUUGUUUGGGAAAAAUAUUAAUACAGGUUGCUUAGUUUAUAAAUUUACAAAUCUGAAUAUGAUUGAGUAAAUGUAAUGU